UGUUGUUGUUCCGUUCUGAGUGUUUCUCAGCCCAACUGCGCCGUUCAGAUUGAAAUCGACCGCCGUUUCUACUUCAUUCAAUCCAAUACUACUCUGCCGAUGCACAAGCAACAACAACAGCAGCAGCAGCAGCAGCAGCAGCAGCAGCAGCAGCAGCAGCAGCAAGGCAAGACGAGCGGCGCCGAGCUCGAGUCUGUCCGCUCAAUCUCGGGUGCCUCGAAUGGCAGCACCAACAGCUCGCCUGGCUCCGGCAUGAUGAUGAGCAAUCAGACUACUACCACUAAUGCAGCAUCUUCUGUGGCAAGCGAGCCGUUCGUCCUGCUUGGCAUUCACAUGGAUCGCCAGCCGCGCACCGUCCAAUUCGUUGCCGCCGCUUCGCUCGUCAUCUUCUUCUUUGUCAUUUACGGAUCCAUUCUGGAAACAAUCUUCCGGGAUCCGGGAUAUGCGCAGUACGGAUAUCACAUGACGUUGACCUUGUUCAUUUGCUACUCGAUCUUUUCCGCUGUGGAAAUCACCUACAAAGGAGGCAAAGUUUUCAAGUGCGGAAAAGCGCCGCUAGGGGGAUAUUGCCUGAUUGCAUUGCUAACGGUGAUCACAAUGACACUGUCGAACGUCGCGCUGGCAUACCUGAACUUUCCCACUCAAAUCAUCUUCAAAUCCUGCAAGCUCAUUCCCGUCAUGAUUGGCGGCAUUCUUAUUCAACAAAAGCGCUACGAGCUGCUCGACUUUGCAUGCGCUUCGCUCAUGACUCUCGGGCUGAUUCUCUUCACGUUGGCGGACGUGCAAGUUUCGCCCAGCUUCUCCUUCAUCGGUGUCGGCCUGAUCUCAAUAGCCCUCUGCGCGGACGCCGUUAUUGGCAACGUGCAAGAAAAGUACAUGAAGCUGUACAAGUGCAGCAAUGCGGAGAUGGUGUUCUUCUCGUACUCUAUCGGCGCCUGUUACCUCACUCUCUUCAUGUUGGUCACCGGGGAGCUUUACCAUGGAACAAUCUACGCUUUGGCGCAUCCUCGCGAAACCUAUGGACUCACCGUCCUGCUCUCCAUCUCUGGGUAUUUGGGCAUCGAGUAUGUACUAUUGCUCGUGAGGCACUUUGGUGCCCUUCUCGCAGUGGCCGUGACCACGUUCCGAAAGGCCUUCACGAUGAUUUUGUCGUUUGCGCUCUUCCCGAAACCAUUCACGUGGAACUAUGUUUUCGCCUCCCUCCUCGUGUUUGCCGGUGGCUUUCUCAACAUUUAUGCAAAGCAGCCGGAAGUGGUCUAUGCCUGGAUUUACCGAUGGACUGGCAUUACCAUUGGGCGAUCUCGGCCGUCUCGCGUUUAACAUGCAGUGGAGUGUGUGCAACUUUUGUGCAACUGCGAUGUAUUUACACAACGUUUUGUUUCAAUUCUUAGUACAGCUUGUGCUCGGAUCUCCGUCGAUUGUCAUGAGAACCGUGGGCAGCUGU